AUGAACAUCCAGUGUCCAGCCUGUUACUACGACUCCAACUCGGGCUACCUGUGCCCUGGUGCUCACUGCCUUCCGAGUGGACACACUCUCCUAGGGUCCUACGCGUCUGGCUUCGUCCCCGGCACUGAGUCUGGGAUAAAUGCGGCAGUGCAGAAACCGCCGUUCUCCUACAUAGCUCUCAUCACGAUGGCCAUCCGGUCAGCUCCGAAUCACAAGAUCACUUUGAGCGGCAUCUAUCAGUUCAUCAUGGAGCGUUUCCCCUACUAUCAGCAGAACAAGCAAGGAUGGCAGAACUCGAUUCGUCACAACCUAAGCCUCAACGAAUGCUUCAUCAGGCUUCCUCGAGAGAAAGGGAAACCUGGGAAAGGGAGCUUUUGGACUUUGGACUCGAACUGCUUGGAUAUGUUCGAAAAUGGGAAUUACAGAAGAAGGAAGAGGAAGCGGCGACCACCUAGUCACCUAGUGCAGAGCUCCGACGACGCCGAAACAAAGAGUCACAGAAGUUUGUCCGGGAAUUCUCAAAUGUUCUUGAUCGAGAAUCUCAUCAAAGAGUGGCCGCAAUGA